AUGGCCUGCAAGAAAGAGUGUUGGAACAGUCGGACCAAGUGGGCCCUCAUUGGCAGCAGCUGUGUGGUGCUGGUCCUCGUCAUCGGAUUGGUUCUGGGCUUCACUCUGCAGCCAGAUAAGGGCCUACAAGUGAAGUCUCCACUCACAAAUUUCCCCUUGGUGAAACCCUGUGAGGGUCCCCCUAACUCUGCUGGAAGGCUUGCUGGUCAUACCCUGGGAUCCCAGGGAGGGGAAGGAGGAAGAAGGAGGAAACAUGCUAACAGCCCCUCAGAUGCCCACCCAAGGUGCCAGAAGAGCUGCCGCCCAGAUGCUGACAUGCUGGAUUACCUGAGGGAGCUGGGCAACAUCGACCGGCCGGAUGGCCUAAUGGUCACCUGGUACCACGCAGCCAACAGCCGACAGGAGAUGGAGGAGGCUCUGAACAGUGAUGCCAUGGUCCUGGAGGCAGAUGUUAACAUAGACAACAAGUCUGGGGUCCCCAUCAUGGCACACCCCCCAGCCACCCACAGCGACAACACUCUGCAGCAGUGGCUUGAGGCUGUGCUAACCACUUCACAGAAGGGCAUCAAACUGGACUUUAAGAGCAUCAAGGCUGUGGGUCCCUCCCUGGACCUCCUGCAGCAGCUGACAGCCGAGGGCCGGGUCCAGAGGCCUGUGUGGAUCAAUGCUGACAUCCUGAAAGGCCCCAAUGUGCCCAUCUCCGUGGAGGUCAAUGCCACCCAGUUCUUAGGCUUGGUUCAAGAGAAGUACCCCAAUGUCACCCUGUCUCCGGGCUGGACCACCCUGUACAUACCCUUCCUGGGCCAGACGUACAGCCGCACCAUGGUGGAGAAGAUGCAGGCACUGGUGGGCAAACUGCCACAGCGGGUCACCUUCCCCGUGCGGGCCUGCUUACUGCGCGCCUCCUGGCAGCACUUCAGCUGGCUGCUGGACCAGUCUGACAGGUACAGCCUGACACUGUGGCAGGGUAAAACAGACCCGGUGAAGCUGGAUGAUCUCCUGUACUUCCGCGACAACUCUGCCCCCCACCAAAUCUACUACGACCUCUUUGAGCCCAUCCUGUCUCAGUUCAAGCAACAAGCACUGAAUUCCACACGGAAACGGAUGUAUUACACAGGGGGCAGCCUGGUCCCUCUGCUCCAGACCCCCGGGGGUGAUGGCCUGGAGGUGCAGUGGCUGAUUCCUGACAUCCAGGACAAUGCCAGGACCAUCCAGCUCCCAGAUGGGGAAGGCAUGGUCCUGCUGAACAUAAGCCUGCAGAUGCCCGCCUCUGAAUACCCUGUUCCCGUGGUGCGCGGCCUGAGUGGCCCUGUCCUGCCGCUGGAGACCUGCCUACAGCAGCUUAGCUCCCGCCCAGGGCCUUGGGGCAUCCAUGUGCACAUUGCAGAGCCUGGGGCACUGCAGCCGGCCCUGGCUGUGCUGGCACGCCUAUCCACCCUGGGCCAGCUGUCUCGGCCGGUCUGGGUGGGCACCACCGUGUCCUAUGGCAAUUUUACCACCCCCGGCCACAUAGAUGGCACAGAGCUGCUCACAGCCAUAGCGAAAAUCUUCCCUGAUGUCACGGUGGCUCCAAGCUGGCCGGAGGAGGUGCUGGACGCUGGCUACCAAGAGCAGCUGAUAUCAGACAUGCUGGAGUUGUGCCGGGGCCUCCGGCAGCCUAUAUCCUUCCAGCUGCAGGCCGGGCCACUGAGCUGGAGCAGGGCUGUCCCAGUGGCCAGGCUGCUGGCAGCCUCCCCCCGGGCCACUGUGACAGUGGAUCUGGGCCCCGAGCAAGGAGACGAUGCAAAAGUGUGGGCAGCGCUGCAGGCAGCAAGGAAUGUGGACAGGACUCGGGUUUACUUCAAGCUGCCCCAGGCUCUCCGCAAGGACCUGUUGACGAAGCUGCGGGGACACUGA